AUGGGCAGAAUCAUCUUCUACGAGGACAGGAACUUCCAGGGUCGUUCCUAUGAGACCGGCAGCGACUGCGCUGAGCUGACUUCAUACCUGAGCCGCUGCAACUCCUGCAGGGUGGAGAGCGGCUGCUUCAUGGUCUACGAACGUCCAAACUACAUGGGCCAUCAGAUGCUGGUGAGGAGGGGAGAGUACCCCGACAACCAGUGCCUAAUGGGAAUGAGCACAAGCGACUGCAUCCGUUCCUGCCGCAUGAUCCCCAUGCACAGAGGUCCAUUCAGGAUGAGGAUCUACGAGAGGGAGAACUUCGGUGGUCAGAUGUAUGAGUUGAUGGAUGACUGCGACUCCAUCCAGGAUCAUUACCGCAUGAACGACUGCCAGUCUGCUCAUGUGAUGGACGGCCACUGGCUGAUGUACGAGCAGCCUCACUACAGAGGCAGGAUGACGUACCUCAGGCCUGGAGAGUACAGGAGCAUGAGAGACAUGGGCAUGGACAUGAGGAUUGGAUCCAUCAGACGCAUCAUGGAAUCCUGUUAG